GGUCACAUUAACACGCACGUCAACUAAUCGGAUGGUUUUGUUUUUGUCUGUUCGAGCUAAACACUUGUUGGUGCCGACACUGCAAUCAAAAAAUGCACGCUCCAAAAGCACAAAUCGGCCCCCCUCUCAGACAAAGGCUCACAAGAGCGGACGAUUCUCUGGUCCGACGGAGCGCGCCGUGACACUCAGGACCUACUGAAUAAGGGCGUUAUCGUAAAUGCUUGCUACCCGUCGCUAGCCCGCUAGCAUGUUUGUAGCGGAAAAAGUGGAAUUUUUCACAGCGGUGGACAAGUGCGGCCUACCGCAUUGGCCCGACAGGCACAGCAGAUGUGGACGGUGUGAGGAGGAAUGUCCUCUAUGCGCAUCACAUAUUCGUCGUGCGUAGGUAGUUCACAGAUUCAAUGGUGACCAUUAACUCGUGUCUGUGUUAACCACCUGCUGGGUGGAAAUAUACUACUACAUAUUAGAGCAGCUGGUGUCACGGGGGAGCAAUGUGCAGUCAACAAACCCCACCCAGUGAACACGGUAAUAAAUACAAACGUGGAUAUGGCCUAGCUUGAGGUGUUAUGAUUAUGUGACACGUGUGCAGAAUAAUACGAGCGGAUACGUUUAUAUAGGUCUCCCGUCAACGUUAAUAAUGCCGAUCGGACAGACGGGAGACGAGAAGUGUGAUACGUAUAAAACUGAUAAAAAAAAAAAGCCAAAUACAAUUCCACAUUUGUCGUUAUAGCGCGUUACAGUUCCGCACAUCGCCGAAAUACCAGUUGAUCUCAACAUAAGCCACAUGUCAUAUCAAGCUGAAGAUCUCUCAAUCGCGGGUUCGUUUCCCCGUGAUUUUCAAUAUGGUGAUACGGAAGCGGAUGCACGGGGUGGAGAACGGGGUAGCGGAUCGGGUCAACCUAAAAUUCUGCUUAUGGGGCACACACGUAGCGGCAAAAGCUCAAUCAUUGAAGUAGUAUUUCAUAAGAUGAACUCAACAGAGACUCUUUAUCUCGAGAGCAACAAUGAUAUAAAAAAGGAGUUCAUAAAAAACUCGCCCUUCGUCCAGCUCGAAAUCUGGGAUAUCUUCGGUGCUAUCGAUCUCAAGGAUGAGAAAAAUGCAAGCCUAUUCGAGGAUUGCGAUGGGAUCGUAUUCGUCAUUGAUGCACAAAACGAACUGUCCGAAGUCAAAGAGGCUGUAAAUACCAUGCUUCUCGCAGUCGAUAAAGCGCACAGACUAAAUCCGAAUGUCAACAUAGAUGUAUUCAUCCAUAAAGUGGACGGUCUUUCGGAUGACCAAAAAAUUGAAACGCAACGCGAAGUUCAGUCACAGAUCGAGUCCGCCACUGAUAACUUGAGCGCCCAGGUAGCCCUUAAUCUUACCUCAAUUUAUGACCACUCAGUCUUUGAGGCCUUCUCCAAAUGCGUCCAGCGAUUGAUACCUCAGCUGCCAAUGCUUGAAAACCUACUCAACGUCUUCAUAUCGAAUUCUCUAGUCGAGCGAGGCUUCCUGUUCGACCUACCGUCAAAAAUCUAUAUCGCAACGGAUGUCUUCCCUGUAGAUAUGCAGCUUUACGAAUUAUGCUGUGACAUGCUUGACUUAGCAACAGACAUCUCGACCAUUUAUGGUCGGCCUGGUAGUCAAUUCGACCAGCAAGCAGGAUCACUGGUUCGGCUCAGUAAUGAGACAGUUCUAUAUCUUCGAGAAGUGGGUCAGGACUUAGCUCUUGUCUGUAUAAUACGAAUGGACAACUUCAAAAAUCAUGGGCUGAUCGACUACAACUUUGAUGGCUUCAAGCAAGGAGUCACGCAGCUGUUUCGAUUGCGCAGUAAGGAGAACUCAACAGCGACUCCAGAUACUUCCAAUCUCUCUAAUAACCUCGAAACGAGUAACAAUGUCUACCUGUCUCCUGCUACGCCGCCUAAUACAGUCGCCUAAAUUUUUAGAGUCACGUUCAUAAAAUUAAUGUAGCACGCGAGCACCAAGACACUACGCUUCAGAAUAUCAGCGUAUUGUUACACGCAACUCUAGGGAAAGAUGUUAUUACGUUACUUGUGUCAAACUGCUCGCUUCUCCAUACCUGCAACCGUUCGGCGAAGAGAACCAUAACAAGCAAUUGUAUAACCUAUCGUUGUUGGACAUGUUACGUUUCUGU